AUUUCAAGAUAAUCUCCUUAAUUUGUGAGCACUCCUCUCUAUUAGAUUUCACAAAGAUAAGUCUAUCGUCAGCGAUCUAUUAAAAGUAAUCAAAUAUUUUUCUUUUAAAGAUUCUCAAAAAUACUCUUAGUGCCUUAGGAAAAUGCCAAAUUAAUAAAAUUUAAAUAAAAUAAAAAAGGAACGGUGGAAGAAAAAAAAAAGAUAUAACACAAUAGAAAGAAACAGCGCGUAAAUAAGGCGCCACCAAGGUAACUUUACUCUAACGUGGCAGCGUUGAUAUAACGCCCAAGGUUAACGGCGUUAAUUUUUAACUGCUGCUUUCAGUUCUGAUCUGACUGUUCCAUACAGAGACAGAGAGAGAGAGAGAGUUCUCUCUUGUUCACUACACACUCGACUGGAAAACCAGUUUUGAGGAAGGUUGUUUUGAAUUUUGAUCGGACAUCAAUUAUGGGAUUCAGAUUCCGUAAUUUGAAUCCGAUUUACAGAGUUUGCAUCACCAGAUUUUGUUCAAACACUCGACUUUUGUCUCCUUCAAAUUCCCUUGCCCAAAACCCUUUGCAAAUUCACCCCCUUUACGGCAUUCCCAGAAGAUGGCAUGGUGGUCACUCUCAUCACAAUCAUGGUUCUGGUGGGGAGAGUGAGAAGAUAUUCAAGCUCGGCCUCGCCUCAGACGUUGUUUUAGCCACCGGAAAAGCUCUUACUGGUUAUUUAUCCGGGAGUACUGCUAUCAUUGCCGAUGCUGCCCAUUCCAUUUCCGAUGUGGUUCUUAGUGGCAUCGCCUUGGUGUCAUUUAAAGUUGCAAAUGCUCCUAAAGAUAAAGAACACCCAUAUGGUCAUGGUAAAUUUGAGACUUUGGGAGCAUUGGGAAUCUCUUGUAUGCUUUUGGCAACUGGUGGUGGAAUUGCAUGGCAUGCUUUAGAUCUUCUGCAUGGCUUGUUGUCAGUAGAUCAUCAAAUAGUUAAUCAGUCUUUGAUACAAGAUCAUAGUCACAGUCCUCAUCAUGUUGGACAUCACCACGGAAUUGACAUGAAUCACCCUAUUCUAGCUUUGAGUGUGACUAUUAUGUCAAUAUCUGUCAAGGAAGGACUUUACUGGAUCACAAAGCGAGCUGGGGAAAGAACAAAUAGUGGGCUUAUGAUAGCAAAUGCCUGGCACCAUCGUUCAGAUGCCAUUUCAUCAGUGGUUACUCUCAUAGGGGUUGGUGGAGCUAUUCUUGGAGUUAAGUUUCUGGAUCCUCUAGCUGGAGUUGUUGUAUCAGGCAUGAUCCUGAAAGCAGGACUUGAAACUGGGUAUCAGAGCGUCUUGGAACUAGUGGAUGCGGCGAUCCCAUCGAAGCACUUGGAUCCUGUCAAACAAACAAUACGACAAGUUGAAGGUGUGAAGGGAUGUCACCAUUUGAGGGGAAGAAGAGCAGGUUCAUCUCUGUACGUUGAUGUAAAUAUUGAGGUUGAUCCUUUCUGCAGUGUUAGUGCUGCGCAUGAUAUUGGAGAAGAUGUCCGUCAUCAAAUUCACAAAUCCCAUCCUGAAGUGGCUGAAGUUUUCAUACACAUAGAUCCUGCAACUUCUCAAAUUUCCUCAAGUGUAAACCACCAACAAGAAAACUCGAAGAGGACCACAUGUGAGAAAAGUGACGAAAUUGAAGCUGCAGUUUCUAACAUCAUCACUGACAAGUUUCAAGAGAACAUGGUGGUUGAACACAUAACUCGUCACUCACUGCAAGGACAAGUGCUACUCCAAAUUGAGGUUUCGAUGCCGCCCUCCAUGUUCAUUCGUGAUGCAAUGGAGGUAGCAAAAAAAGCAGAAGAGGAGAUUUUGAAAGCACACCCAGAUAUCGUUCAUGUCAGCGUUCAGCUGCGUCUAGGGCGACCAAUACCACAAUUCAACGACGACAAUAAAUAAUUUUUAUUUUCAAUUUUUUAAUGGAGGAAAGCUUCUUGGCGGCGAUGCUACAAUAAUGUAACAAUGUAAUUGUAAAUUUAUAAAGGACCUAGUAUUCAGGGUAAUUACCAUUUGGAGAGUUUCAUGUUAGUUUUUUCUGUCAUUUGUAACAGUUUAUAUCACCUUUGCCCUCAUUGGUUUCUACUGUCUAUUAUACCUUUGUAUUCACACUCUAUAUUCAAUAAUAACAGACAAAGGUAUUUUCACAAAAA